AUGUAGGUUAGUGGUUCAGUCAGCAGUGUCUCCCUGAACGCGGUUGGGCUCGCUGAGAGCGCGCUCUUGCUUUCCGUUUAUUUACCUGACGGCCUUCGCGGCGGCUACACCUCAAGCACACCUGCCGCCAGCCGGAGUGACACCUCCUUCGUCCGGCAUGUCCAGUCGGUCGAUGCUCCUCGCGCUUGCCGCCGUCUUACUACAGACACCGGCGCUCACACUGGCCUUUCAAGAUGAUCUGCUACAGCAAUGCGGCACGACUACAGUUUUUUCCAACCACCGACAGGGAAGGUUGCGGCAAUCAGGAGUUAGCAGGGUGGUCGGUGGCAUCCCUAGUCCUGAAGGUUCAUCACCUUGGAUGGUCUCACUCCAACUUUUACACCCGGGGAUGGGUUACGUCGGCCACAUUUGCGGCGGAGUUUUAAUCCACCAAAGCUGGGUUGUCACGGCCGCACACUGCAUCAAGAACGAAAAGUACGCUCUGCCCAUUUCGCAUCUGUGGAGCGUCCAAUUCGGUCCCGAGUUGAAGAGGUUCGCAAUCAAGGAGAUCGUUAUCCACGAGAUGUUCGCCGGCUACAACCACGACAUUGCUUUGGUGCAACUUUCCAACCCCGCUCCGUAUGUGCCGGUGUGCUUGCCAAAGAGUGGCCAGGGUUUCCAGGGCAUCCGCUGCGUGGCCAGUGGCUGGAGCACCACCUCCGCCGCGCCCACCAGCUUGACCAGACGGAUGGGUACCCCUGGUCCCAGGGCUCACGUCCACCUGAGCGUGGUCUCAAGCAGCGUCUGCCGCAACCGCUACCUCUCAGCUUACAAUAUCACUCUGAAUGCGGGUCAUCUUUGCGCAGCGGGAAAGGGGCUGUUGACGUCGGGAACCUGCUUGGGUGACUCUGGCGGACCCUUGCAAUGCAACAUGGCGGAUGGCAGAUGGUACCUGGCUGGGAUCACCGCUUUUGGUUCAGGUUGCGGCCGUCCUGGCUACCCUGACGUGUACACACGACUCGCAUACUAUUUGCCAUGGAUCAAAGUACAAAUCAAGAGGCACGAAAGCGCUGAGAAAAACGGAAAUUAUUUGUAGUUUAUAAAAAAGUGUUUGUUUACAAUAGUGAUAUGAAAAUAAUGACAAGCGUGAUCGAACUCUGGAUAUAGCCCUAUUGGCGCGUAGUGUGAAAAUGAGUUUUCCAAUCACUUAAUUUUGCAAUGCGUUAAAAUUCCAGGGUCUAUAUUUCUAUGUAUUUUCUGCUCGAUCAAUCUCAAUAUUAUUCGAGAAUCCUUAUAUAGAGGACUCUAAUUAUUUCUAGUCAGCUGCUGAGGUUACGUAACGAAGCCUUUACAAAUGUUUUGCGGUAUAAUAAAAACUGUAUUUAUUUAGUGAAUAAAUGUUAAUUGAAAGUACACUAGUUACUUUAAAAUUUUAAUAAUAU